AUGGCUUCUACCAUGGCCGCUAAUGCAACCAGCGUACAUAACGUACGGUCGAGCCGAGCUUCCAACAUGGGUUCAUCCGGGAUGAACGACCGCUCUCGCGGAUCUCAGAGCAACAACGUCGGCAAGGGUUUCGGUGCUGGCAAGGCGAGCUGGAACAGCAACAUCUGGGGUGAUUCCAACCUCGGCGGAUUCGGAGAUGAACAACACAUCAGUGAGAAUGCAUUCGAAGGAAAGUCGGGCUCCAGUUCUCUGCUCUCCACAUCGGAGUCAGAUGGCUGGUCGGGACGGGCCAACCUGCCUUGGAGCACUGUCAACCCCAAUCCCUCGUUCCAGAACAGAGGAGGUCUCGCUACAUCCCCCAUCCAAACUCGCGGUAACGACCGCAGUGCCCCCGCUAUGAACGAGACUGGCGACAGCUCUUACUUCGCUCUGCCCCGCACCUCCGGUAUCAGCACAAACGCUGCCACUGCCAGCCACCGACCCUAUCUCAACGCUGGGUCUGAGGGUGUCUCUCCUUCCGGUGACGGCAUGGGCUUUGGCGGGUUUACCGGUCGACGGCAGAUGGGCUCUGGUCUGGGUGGUAGUCCCGUGGGAACCACUUUCCCCGUCAAGCCUGGCUUCUCCAACCCCCUCGAUGGUGCUCGUCCAGAUGAUCUUGCUGGCAUGGGAAUGGGACUGGGCUCUGGCAUCCCUGAUUCCAUGUCUCCCACCCAGGGCCGCAGUGCCUUGGCUCACGCUUCCCACAACUCAGCAUCAUACGCAGCCCAACGCCCUAACCACUCCGCCCAUCCUUCUUUCUACUCCGACAACCACAGCGUUGAUGGUCGUUACGCUGCUGGGUCCGUGGAUCUCAGUGCGGGCUUCAACAAGCUCCAGCUGAACGAGGGCAACUAUGCUUCGCAGGGAGCCCAGCGCCCUUCAUUUGUUCCUCACGCAUCUUUCGAUGGCACAUUCUCUCGUAACAAGUACCCGCAUGAUGAGGCCGCCUACCAUGCGAUGGGUUACUCCGCAGAGGCUGCUCAGGAAAUGCAGCUCGCUUACCAAGCCCGAUCCCGUGCUGCCAACACUGGUUCUAUUUCGCCUUCCGACUAUGCUCGCAUCGAGAGCCCGAUCUACGGAGUGGAUGGCGCAGGCCAAUUCCGAAACUCUGGAGACAGCCAGACAGCCGCCUUUGAGCGCCGACUCCGAACCCUCCAGGAACAGGAGCUUGCACAGGGCUCGCAACGUAUGCAGUACCCUCCGAACUACGAUUACCAGGCCUACCAAGCUUCUCGUAUGAACGCUUUGUCCGGUUUCUACCCUGUGGCCCACCUCACUGGCCUCGGUGCUGCAGCUCUUGUCUCUCGCACGCAGCGUGAUCAUGACCCUACCCAGGUUGUUCGCAGCCCGCUCCUUGAGGAGUUCCGUGCCAACAGCAAGGGCAACAAGCGCUAUGAGCUGAAGGAUAUCUAUAACCACGUUGUUGAGUUCAGCGGUGACCAGCACGGGUCUCGCUUCAUUCAGCAGAAGCUCGAGACCGCCAACAGCGAUGAGAAGGAGCAGGUGUUCCGCGAGAUCCAGCCCAAUUGUCUACAGUUGAUGACCGACGUCUUCGGCAACUACGUUGUCCAAAAGUUGUUCGAGCACGGCAACCAGACCCAGAAGAAAAUUUUGGCCAACCAGAUGCGUGGUCACGUCCUGGCUCUCUCUACCCAGAUGUAUGGCUGCCGAGUUGUUCAAAAGGCACUCGAGCACAUCCUCACUGACCAGCAGGCCGCCAUGGUGAAGGAACUCGAGAACCAUGUCCUGAAGUGUGUGCGUGACCAGAAUGGAAACCACGUCAUUCAGAAAGCCAUCGAGCGAGUCCCUUCAGAAUACGUGCAGUUUAUCAUUAACGCGUUCCGCGGCCAAGUCAACCGUCUCGCGGCCCACCCAUACGGUUGCCGUGUCAUCCAGCGUAUGCUCGAGCACUGUGAAGAAGUCGAUCGCCAGUCGAUCCUAGGUGAACUUCACGCUUGCACCUCAAACCUUAUCCCUGAUCAGUUCGGCAACUACGUGAUUCAGCAUGUGAUUGAGAACGGGGAUGAGAAGGACCGCACCCGCAUGAUAGAGAUCGUGAAGGGCCAGCUGCUUGCUUACUCCAAGCACAAGUUUGCUAGCAAUGUGGUCGAGAAGAGCAUUGAGUUUGGUGCUGAGCAUGAGCGUGCUUACAUCAUUAACACUCUGACAUCUGCCAAUGACCGUGGCGAGAGUCCUCUCCUCGGCCUCAUGCGCGACCAGUACGGCAACUACGUUAUCCAGAAAGUCUUGGGUCAACUGAAGGACGCGGAGCGCGAAGCUCUGAUCGACCAGAUCAAGCCCCUCCUUAGCCAGCUCAAGAAGUUCAGCUACGGCAAGCAGAUUGUGGCCAUCGAAAAGCUCAUUUUCGACCCCAACUCGCCCGCAACCGGCCUGUCCCACACCACCUCGACCACUCCUCCCCACUCCCACAAGUCUUCCCCACAGCCUCUGAAGCGGACCAUCCCCACUGAACAGCCACGAGCCUUCGGCAACGCACCACCCACCCCACCCCCAACAGAGGCCCAACCCACCGUCGACAGCACCCUUGAACCCAAGGGUCUCGCCAAAAGCACAGUGACCUCGGUUUCGAGUCCCGAGACAGGCAACACCGGUGUUACCGUCCCGGUCGACGUCACCAGUGCCCACUAA